AUGUUGAUUAAUUCAUCACCUUCGUUUAAAAUAAUUGUUGAACAAGAAACAAUUACGAUGCAUGGUUCACCUCAAGAAAGCGCAGGCAAUGCCUUGAGAGGUCGAUUGGUCUUAGAACUUAGCGAAGCGACAAAAAUAAAAUCAAUUAAAUUGAGUUUUCAAGGAAAGUCAAAAGUAGUUUGGCAUGGAGACUCUACUUCAAAAUUUCAAAGUGAAGAAAAGAUUAUAUUCCAACAUGAUUGGGUAUUUCUUCAACAAAAAAAGUAUCAUGUUCUAGAACCUGGUAACCAUCAUUGGGAUUUCGAACUUGUUUUACCUGGCUCAUUACCUGAAACGAUAACAGGAUGUGAUCAUGGUUCCAUUGAAUAUAAACUAAAAGCGAUCGCGGAAAGACAUUCUCUUGCUCUAAACUUGAAUGCACGACAAAAAAUAACACUUCAACGUUGUUCAUUCUUAAACUCAGAAGAUGCCUUAGAUACAGUGGUAUCAAGUACAUGGACGGAUAAAGUUGUUUACGAUCUUUCAGUUGAUUCAAAAACUCUUACAUUAGGAGACGAAAUAUCACUUUCAAUGGACCUUAACCCUUUAAAUCAAUCACUAAGAAUUCAUGAAUAUUCAUUGUCAUUUAAUGAAUGUGUUUCUUACACUGUCGGUUCUCAUAAAAGAACUGUAUCAAAAACUCUUAAAAAUAUACGAGGUGAAACACUUCAUUGGAACGAACAUCUUUGGUCAGACUCACUAAAAAUAAGAAUACCCGAAUCAAAAGAAAUUUGUCAUUAUGAUUCAGAUAAUUCUAUUAUUCAAAUAUCACAUGAAUUAAAAUUAAGUAUAAUUUUCGCUAUCGAUGAAAACCGCUUUAUUGAAUUACGAGCCGCACUACCGAUUGUAAUUACAUUGAAUAAUGAUGAUAUGGAAUUACCUCCCUACAGGGAAUAUGAUCCUUAUAGGACUCAUUCAUACGGAGUUGAUCAUCUUGAAAAUGUCAACAUCUCAUUACCUUCUUAUAAUAGCGUUAUUACCAAUACAUCAUCUACUUAUAAUAAGGACUCAACACCACCCCCAAUUUAUGUUGUAUAA